AUGAGGGGAAAAUUGGAAGCUUUCUCUCGUACUCACACUAUCACACAAUUUCAGGAAUAUUUUCUUCCUUUUCUCAAGUUGUUUUUACAUACAUUUAAGAAAAGAAAAUUAACUACUGCUGAAACAAAUCCACCAAUCCAAAUCAAUUUGUUUUUCAUGGGACAACAAACCAUAUUACAUUCGAUACCUACUUUUGAAUUGAAUCAAAAAUCAACAUUCUAA